AAAUGUGGACCCAUCUCUUCAAUACAUGACUAGUUUGGUUGUUAAUUUGCUAUGCCUGCCUAUAGCCCCCAAACAAGAUCAUAAUUGUUUCUCCCAAUAGCUUUCUUCUUCUUCUCUUGUUACGACCCAAACACAAAACACAAACACCACUAUAUAUAUUUCCUUCUGUUUUCUUCCGCCAAUUACUGCAAACAAACAAAAGUCCUUCCCCUUUCUCACUUUUUCUAUCAAUCGUUUUCUCCUGUUAAUUAACAAUAAUAAUUCGUAGAUAUAUCGUAGCAUUUGUUUCUUUUUUCUUUUUUUUUUUAAAUUUUUAUUUUUCUUCUUAUCCCGAAUUUGAUUUUUAUGCUUCUUCCGAUUCGUAUCUGAUUUUCUCUGAUUCGGCCGCAGAGUUUUUCCGACCACUUCAAAGGGUUUUUGAGCGAUGGCAAAUGAAGGAACUCAUACUGAGACGUUAGUUCCUGUUGACUCCCAUCUAUUCGAGAAUCGGCUUGUUGAUGCUAGUCAACAUCAGACAUCUUCAUAUGCUCCCACGACAUCUGGGUCAGAAGCAGUAUCAUGGACUGUUCAGAGCUCCACAGCGAAUGGAAUUUAUUCUAAUCCAACCUACCAGUAUGACCAGCAUCCACAGCCGCCUGGAAGAAGCGUUCAAGAUGGUCAAGGUGUAUCAUCAGUUGCCGGUAAUUCAUCAAAUUUGGGAACAGCUAAUGCACCACAAGAUUACAAUACAUACACAUCAUAUGCAAAUUCUUCUAAUCCAUAUGGUUAUGGCAGUGCGGGAUACUCAAGCUACUAUAACAGCUAUCAGCAGCAACCUAAUCAUGCUUAUUCACAGCCUGUAGGAGCAUAUCAAAAUACAGGUGCUCCUUAUCAGCCUAUUUCCUCCUUUCAGAAUACUGGGUCUUAUGCUGGAUCCACAAGUUAUCCAAGCACUUAUUACAAUCCUGCUGAUUAUCAGACUACCGGAAGUUACCAAAACAGCAACGGAUACGGAAAUCAAGCGCCGGUGUGGAACAAUGGCAGUUAUUCAAGUUAUUCCUCUCAUCCAUAUACAAGUUACGCCCCAGAUUCCAAUAGCUCAUAUAGUUCUGGUGCUGCAGCUACUACAGUGCAGUAUCAGCAACAAUACACACAAUGGGCAGACUAUUACAGCCAAACUGAAGUCAGUUGUGCCCCAGGGACAGAGAACUUGUCUGUCCCAACUUCAUCUACUUUGGGUUGUCCUGUUCCUGCAGCAACUAGUGGUUAUGCAACUCCAAAUAACCAGCCCCCACAAUCAUAUCCACAAUUUUGGGGGCAAGAAUCCAGCGUUCCUGCUGUGCCUUCUUUUCAGCCUGCUGCAGUAAAUAGUGGUGAUCAUGAUGGUUACUGGAAACAUGGCGCUCAAACUAGUUCACAAAUUCACCAAACUAAUCCUAUUCAACCAAACUAUCAAAGUCAUUUGGAUUUAAAUUCUUCUUAUGAUAAAUUUCAGGAUCAACAGACGACAGUAUCUUCUCAAGGAACCAAUUUCUAUUUGCCUCCUCCUCCCCCUCCCCCUCAACAGGUAAAUGCGGCGCCCGUACAAAGUGCACCACCUUUGGAUACAAAACGAGUAAACAAGCUUCAGAUUCCAACAAAUCCUCGAAUUGCUUCAAAUUUGACAUUUGAACAACCUAAGACCGAAAAAGAUAGCUCCACAUCCAGUGCAACAUUGAAACCUGCUUAUAUUGCUGUUUCACUGACAAAACCGACUGAGAAAGUAUCCUCUAAUGAUGCUGCUAAUUCUAUACUCAAGCCCGGUAUGUUUCCAAAGUCUUUGCGCGGCUAUGUUGAAAGAGCUUUGGCUCGUUGUAAAGAUGAUAAGCAAAUGGCCGCUUGCCAGGCUGUCAUGAAAGAGAUGAUCACUAAGGCUACAGCUGAUUGUACCCUAUGCACACGAAAUUGGGAUAUGGAACCGCUCUUCCCAAUGCCGGAUGCAGAUGCAGUUAAUAAAGAUAAUGCACUGUCUUCAACCCAUGAUUCUGUAUUGCCAAAGUCCAAAAAAAGUCCUAGACGAUCUAAAAGUAGGUGGGAGCCAUUACCAGAGGAGAAGCCGGUUGACCUUCCAGUGUCAAUAAGUAAUGAUACUGUAAAAUACAGUAGUUGGGUACCUAAUGAAAAGGAUAGAAAGGUGGCUGUGGAAAACAAAGAGAACAGGGAAGACAGUUGGAGGAAUACAAAAUUGUCUCCAUUAUUGCAGAGAAUAUCUAGCAAGGCUCCUCAAAGGCCAUUUAAGAAGCAGCGUCUUGCUGAUGUUUCUAUUGCUCAUGAAAAUGGUGAUACAUCUAGUGAUAGUGAUAAAGAACAAGGUUUGACAGCUUACUAUUCUGCUGCAAUGGUUUUUAAUGAUACACCAGAGGAAAAGAAAAGACGUGAGAAUCGUUCUAAGCGAUUUGAUUUAGGCCAAGCACAACGAACAGAAAAUAAUUACUCCAGGAAAAAAAAUGCUAGAGCUGGAAACUUUUACAACAGAAGGGCCAAUGCUCUGGUGCUUAGCAAAAGCUUUGAUGAUAGUGUCAGCAAAGCUGUUGAGGAUAUUGACUGGGAUUCUCUUACUGUGAAGGGUACCUGCCAGGAAAUUGAAAAGCGAUACCUGCGCCUAACAUCGGCACCAGAUCCUGCCACCGUAAGACCUGAAGAGGUUCUUGAAAAAGCACUGUUAAUGGUUCAAAAUUCCCAAAGGAAUUAUCUUUAUAAAUGUGACCAGUUAAAGUCUAUUCGCCAAGACCUAACUGUGCAACGAAUACACAACCAAUUAACAGUCAAGGUGUAUGAAACUCAUGCCCGGUUGGCACUGGAAGUUGGGGACCUGCCUGAAUAUAAUCAGUGCCAAUCUCAGUUAAACGCUCUUUAUGCUGAAGGGAUAAAAGGGUCAUGUAUGGAAUUUGCUGCUUACAACUUGCUUUGUGUUAUAAUGCAUUCAAACAAUUACAGAGAACUCCUAUCAUCGAUGGCAAGGUUAUCUGACGAAGCAAAGAAGGAUGAAGCUGUAAAACAUGCCCUAGCAGUUCGUGCAGCUGUAACUUCGGGAAAUUAUGUUGCAUUCUUUAGACUGUACAAAGCAGCUCCUAACUUAAACACCUGCCUUAUGGAUCUAUAUGUUGAAAAGAUGCGUUAUAAAGCUGUGACCUGCAUGUGCCGAUCAUAUCGGCCAACCGUACCUGUUUCCUACGUAUCCCAGGUUCUUGGAUUCUCAACUGCCGCUGCCACAAAUGAAUCAAAUGAUGAGAAAGAGGCCAUCGCUUUGGAAGAGUGUUUAGAAUGGUUGAAAGCUCAUGGUGCCAGCAUUAUUGCUGAUAACAAUGGCGACAUGAUGGUUGAUACAAAGGUCUCAUCCACUAAUUUGUUUGUGCCAGAGCCAGAGGAUGCUGUGGCGCAUGGAGAUGCCAACCUUGCUGUUAAUGAUUUUUUAGCGAAGGCACCAUUAUAGUGAAAAAUGUAUCAACCCUUUAAAUGUAUUUGUAGGCUGGUUAUAUUGCACAAUCAAAAUAGAAAAAUGUUGUCUAAUCGAGUCCCAAGAACCUAGUCUCCAAUCUGUGAUUAGUGUAGUGGAAUUGUACAAUGUAAAAGGAAAAAAUAGAAAUGUAUGGCCUUUGAUAAUCAUUUGUUUUGGAGUGGAUACCAUUCUUUCUUGGGUAGUACAAACUAUAGAUGUAAUUUAAUUCAGAACUAUAGAUGUAAUAAUUGUUUUGGGUAUAAAUUAUAGAUGUAAUUUAAUUCAGAAUAUAAGUAAUAAAAGCACAUUUAAAUUUCCCAUUUCUUA